CUCAGAGAGUUGACAUUGAUGUCAUUUCAAUUAACGCACAAUAAUAUCACACCUCAUAUCUAACCCAGCUAUUACAAUCCACUACUGACACUAGUACUAAACCUUCUGGUCCGCGAUGUCUAUGAAAGCUUACUUGGCCGAAAAAUACAUGUCCGGGCCAAAAGCAGACGCCAUCCUUGCUCGCGAUCCCCUCAAGAAGAAGAAGAAGAGAAAGGCAAAAGACGAAGGAUUUGCGGUACAAAAAGCUCUCAUAAAGGACGAUGAUGUCGGCUGGGGUCACGAGCCUAAUGAUGAGGACGAGGAUAUGGCUGAGGCUGUGAUAGAGAAGGACAGAGGUUUCAAGAAGAGGAAAACAGCUGCAUCCGGGGAAGGUUCUUCAGGAUGGACGACCGUCCGACCGGCUGUAGAAGAGCAUCCAGCCCCAGAUGAGCAACCACUGCUUAUCGUAGAAGAGGAGGAAGAGAAGCCGUUUGUCGGUGGACUGGUGAAAGGGCAAAUGAAAAAACCUGGACCAAAACAAGUCUCAGAGCCUGAAGAAACAGCAGAAGAGAUAGCACGGAUGCAGGAGACCGUAUAUCGUGAUGCUACUGGUCGGAAGAUUGACACAAAGGCUGCCCGGGCGGAAGCAGCGAGGAAGAAGCGUGAAAAGGAGGAGAAGGAGGCGCAAAAGAUGGAAUGGGGUAAAGGACUGGUACAACGAGAGGAUAAAGAGAAAAUGAAGGCUGAACUGGAGAAGCUGAAGAGUCGGCCGUUUGCCCGCGGUGUAGACGACAAAGAGCUCAACGAAGAACAAAAAGCUAAAGACUUAUGGAAUGACCCGGCCGCUGCGUUCUUAACGGUAUGUUUCGUAUUCAACAUACAUUGCCACGGUUUUGACUGAGCCUCGAACACAGAAAAAGAAAUCCAAAGGUCCCCGAAAACCUGAAUACACCGGGCCUCCACCUCCUCCAAACCGGUUCGGUAUAAAACCAGGAUACAGAUGGGAUGGCGUUGAUAGAGGAAAUGGGUUCGAGAA